AUGACUACGGACGCAUUUGUCGCGCGUUCUCACAUUCUUCAUCGCUCAUUCUCCGAGCGACCCGCCAAGAUUGUCGCUGGUGAUGGAAUCAGCCUCAUCUUGGAAAAUGGAAAGAGGAUUAUCGAUGCCAGCUGUGGCCCUUCAGUCUCUUGCCUUGGUCACUCACAACCAGAGAUCGUCGAGGCUAUCACAAAUCACCUAAGAAAUGACAUUGCCUACGUGUACUCUGGUUCUCCAUAUACCAACGGCGCGACCGAAGAACUGGCCGAUCUGCUGUUGUCUGAAAAGCCCGGUGGACUGUCAAAGGCUAUUUUUGUCAACUCAGGUAGCGAAGCUACCGACGCAGCCCUCAAGUUGGCGGUUCAAUACUGGCACGAGCGAGGCCAGCCUCAACGCGCACACUUUAUUGCGCGAAAACAGAGUUAUCACGGUAACACCAUUGGUGCCCUAUGUGUUUCUGGGCAUGAAUCCCGUCGCGAGUUUUAUCAGGACUUCAUGUCCUCUAAUGUGUCAUUCUUGGAUCCAUGCUAUGCUUACCGCAUGAAAGGUGACGGCGAGUCGGAUGAGGAGUUUGCUCAACGGCUUGGUCGCCAGUUUGAAGACGAGAUCUUGCGUAUAGGGCCUGAUAGAGUCGCAGGAUUUGUCGCAGAAACCGUCAGUGGUACCACGCUAGGAUGCGUUCCGCCUGUGCCGGGGUAUUUCAAGAGGAUCCGAGAUAUUUGCGACAAGUAUGAAGUUCUGUUGAUUUUGGACGAGAUCAUUUGCGGUAUGGGCAAAACAGGCACAAUGCAUGCAUGGGAGCAAGAGGGCAUUCGGGGCCCGGACAUUCAAACUAUCGGCAAGGCCCUGGGUGCAGGCUUCGUGCCUCUUUCCGGCGUAUUACUCCACCAGAAGAUCUUUGACGCGUUGUCUACUGGCUCUGGCGGUCUGGCGCACGGCCACACUUUCCAGGCCCACCCCCUUGCCUGUGCCGCGGCGAUCGCGGCUCAAAAAAUCAUUAAGCGGGACAACCUGAUCGAGCGGACAGCGCACAUGGGAGGGAAGCUCGAAGCACUCUUACGCGAGGAGAUUGGCCCUCUUCCGUUGGUGGGUGAUAUUCGUGGUCGGGGCCUGUUCUGGGCUGUGGAAUUUGUCCUCGACAAGAAGUUGAAAACUCCAUUCUCAGCAGAAGCAAACUUCUGUAACCAGGUGGUGAAACACAGUUUGGAAAGUGGUUUGAAUAUUCUUGGGAAUCUUGGUCAUACCGGUGAGUAUCAAGUUGACCAUGUUAUUGUCUGCCCACCGUACAAAGUGACGGAUAUCGAGCUUGAAGAGAUCAUCUCUUCGCUCAAGGCCGCUAUAAUCAAGGCAAGUCAACGGUUUCUCGAGGAUGAGUCAUGA